UAGGAUACAUGUUAGACAUGUUGAAGUAAAAUGCGGUAUUUUUAUCUAACGGUUUUGAUUUUCUUCCUCGGCGCUAUUCAGGCAUCGAAAUAUUUGAAUCUUAAUGAAAUUCGAUCAAUGCUAGAGAAUAGCCGAAAUGCUGGUGCGAAAGAAAAAAUACAGGGCCAGGGUUCAAUGAAGAGGAUUCAAGAUACGAUGAACGAAGAUGGAAACGACAGGAAAUUAGCUCGAAAUAAAGCCAAUGUCUUGAAAAAAGUACAAUUUCACAAGGUAGAUAAGAAUCCUGAUAGGGAUUUAUUUUCUCCAAAGUUACCAGAAAGUAUCGACAAAAAAAUAGGCAGAGAAUACUUUCUCAUGGAUCCUGUAUUAAAUGAGUUGCGAAGACGCGGCAGACUAACUGACUUCAGAAAAAAAGGCUCCGACGAGAGUGAUAGUUCGUCUUUGGGUUUACCCGAUUGGAAGCAGGAAUGGGAUGAACUUUGGCUCCAGAAAAAAUUCGAGGCUCUUAAUUCUUCUAUAAUUAGGGGUGACGUGGUGAAUAUGGCGGCUGCUAGACCAUGGGGAACGCAAUGUGGAGAUCCCCAUCAACAUGACGCGCCAUGGGGUACAUGCAUGCUAGCAGCCGAAUGUGAACCAGAGUACCGAAUAUACCGGGGUGAUAUUCACUGUGGUAACACAAUGUAUAUUUGUUGCGCUAUUCUAGCUACAAAGUAUGACAUGUAUAAUGGUUUAGAUAUAUCUUUUGAAGAUUCAGAAUUCGGUACUGAUACCGCAGAGUUGAAUCGUCAACAUGACGCACCCGAUAAGAACAAUGGAAAGAAAGAUAAGGACAAAAAUAAACGGAAGAAAGAAAGGGAAAAGAGGAAAAAUAAAAUAUUGAAGAACAUUCGAAAAAUUAUAAAAGAAAUCCGAAAGAUAUUGAAUAAUGCGUACAGGAAUGGAACUAAUGAACGAAAGAAGAAGACAAAACAGUUGAAGAAGUUCAUUGAAAGUAUGAAGAAGCAGUAUAAGAAGGAUCGUCAGUCUGUGGUGCAAGUCCAUGAUUUUGAAUUGAUAAAAAUAGAUGAUGAAUUGAAAGCUAAGUUGGAUCAAAUACAGAGUGUAAAUGAGAACUUUAUGUCAAAUGACACGUUUAGAAAUAUUAUCAUUAAUGGUUCACUGAGUAAAAGAAAGUUGAAGCGACUCCUACGAAGUCACCCUGAGUUAGCCAAAUAUAUGAAUAUGAAACUGAAGCGUAGAAAUACAUUGAAGCAUAAACGUAGGAGUGGCAUUGAUUUGACUGCAGGGCUAGAUCCAGGUGAUAGAGCUUCUCGAUCUUUGCAGUUGAAACCUAAAAAACUCGAUUAUGACGUCGAGUACGGUAUGCUUUAUUAUUGAGUAAUUAAAGU